AUGCUAGAAGUCGCCACGCAUACCCUCCAGGAAAACCCUAACGACAUCCGCCAGUCUUUCUAUCGCACCAUUGCCCUUCCACCCACCGACCAACGAAUCGAUCAAGCCUUCCCUUCGCCUGCUCUGAUUCCCGCUCGUUCUAUCGGAGGAAUGGGGAUUCACUAUGAACACCCGAUGGUUUCUGAGAAGGGGCGGGCCCCGAUAGAGCUCCUACCUGUGGAGAUUUUCGGUGGGUCUUUUGUGCUGUCAUUCAUCUCAUCCCCCCAACGCUGCUUGUCGUCUCGCUGACCCUGCCCAAAGAUCAAAUCAUCCCCCAGCUCGCAAUCGAGAUGCCUACCAAUGGCUAUAGCCCUAGGAACAAGGAUUUGGCAUCGUGCUUGCUCGUCUCCCGCACCUUCUACAUUGCCACCCUGUCGACCUUGUAUUCCAAGGUUGCCUUCCCCCACUCGUCCAUCUUCUCAAAGUUCCUGGCACAGAUCUCCAAGUAUCCCGAGUUGGGCUAUUUGGUGAAGAGGCUGGACUUCUCCUACUUUACUUCUGUGGGCUUGGGCAGGACCAAGCGUAUGAAUCAUGAGAUCCAGAAAUUGACCGCGACCACUCUGCGCACUUGUCUCGAUAUUACUCCCAAUCUGCGAGAGUUCCUUGCCUCUGAGGGUAUGGAUGAAGAUGUGGAUGAGAGAGUGCUAGAGAAAUUAUUCUGCGAGCUUCCCCGGCUUAAUGGGGUGGACUUUUGCGCUGCUACUGCGAGAUGCUUUAAGAAUGGUGUUUUGAGUGUCAUUUCUCCCGGAAACCCACGUUUGCCCAUGACCCUUCCCAUUAGAAGGCUUGGCAUGCACGGUUGUAACACGCUCCCCUCGUCGGUUUAUGCCACCUUGCUGCCCCGAUUGCCCAAUUUGACACACCUGGACUUGACUCAUACUCAAAUCACCGACGAUACACUGCAUGCUCUACCCCAUACUGCGAAGCUCACCCAUCUGUCUCUGUCCAAGUGCAACCGCUUGACAGGCCCCGCCGUCGUCGAUUUCCUCACCAACCAUCCCGCCACCCGGGAUUUGGUUUACCUCAAUCUCUUGUUUGAUACGGGCAGGUACCGUCUGCUGUCCACCACGGAUGUAGAUGUGCUUCUCCCCUUCUUGCCCACUGCCCUUCGCUCCCUGAAUCUCUCCGGGGCAAAGGUCACCAGAGACCAUGUCCCCGAACUUCGGAGGCUUUCCAGGCAUCUUGAAGAGCUGUCCAUCGGAUAUGCCGAUUUGAGCAUCGCCGAUUUGAACCUUAUCAUCCGGCAGGACGGGCCCCGCCAUGACGGAGCAAGGUCGAACCUUCACUAUCUAGACCUUACCGGAAUACCCUCCGUUAACCCGUCCACCCUCGUCGAUACCAACAAGUGCCAACUCCUCGUGCCUUCCUCCUUUCCACUGCAAGUAUUGGAGCUCAAUGAGAAGGUCACCGACGGCCUGAAGGAGCGGCGCAUCUCGGCCAAGAAAUUGGGGUGGGCCGUCGAAAGCAAGCACCGACGAGCAUGGUACGUCAGGGCUGGGCCUGGAACCGUCCCUGGCUCUGAGAAGAUUGCCAAGUGUUUGACGGAGGAAACUGGUUCCCGUUCCUGGAAGAUGGGCGGAAAGCGGUGGGGUGGGCGGAAGGUUGGUGUCGUAUACGGCGAAGUUACGGGGAUCUACGGAUACUAUGGAUAUGGGUACUAGAUACUCCGCUUUGAUCUUUGACGCCAAUGGUCUCAUCUUGCAGUUUUUUUUCUUUUUUUUUUGUAUAAACUAGGGGUGUUGUACGAGGUUGUAUCAUUUCUCCUCUCUUUUUAUCUUCUCUUCCCUCGCUUCUUAAUCUUUGCGAGUCGGGGGGUCUUGUUUCUUUUCCCUUUUCCCUUUCCUUUUCCUCUUACCACGGCCUCAAUUGGCUAGGGUGACAUUCUCGGUGUUUUUCUUUUUCUGCAUAUUAAGCAUCAGACUUUGGGAGGGCUAACGGCGAACUUCAUUAUCGGCUUUCCCUUUCUUAUUUCCCUUUUUCCCUUCCUUUCUGUAUCGAUAGCUCUCAUAUCCGGUGUUUCAUAUUAUCUUUUUCAUAGCAUGGCCGGGAGCUAUCAUGGCAUAGUUGCUAUGUGGAUUUGUAUGACCUCGAAACUGAAAAAUACAGAAAAGUUUUUUGAUGUAUAAAUUUACUGGUGUUCGCCGUGUAGAAAUGGAGGUGAGAGAAGUGCAGAACUCCGGAGUGAACAAUUACUCUUUUCCCCGAGUGGGCACGUACUCGAGUACAUGCCGGCAGCGGAAUUAUGGUGCUCGAGUACCAGUGAUGGAGGUGCGGCAGAAUGAAGUGAGCCAGCCAAUCGCCACUCGUGGAGGGGGUACGGUACCGGUACUCGAGUAGAAGAUGGUUAGGUUUCCACAGAGAUC